UGCACCCCCAGGUUUAACUACGUUAAAUGUCAGAUUGCAAUAAACUAGAAGCUGUUGGUCGGGCCCGCGGAAAUGGGCGAGCAUAAUCUUCUUAAUCCCGGGUUUGUGGGACCUUUGGUAAACAUCCACACUGGAGACACUUUUUACUUUCCGAAUUUCCGAGCCUCGGGGGGACAACUGGCGGGGCUACCAUCUCUCCCCUACCCGAGAAGGGACAAUGUUUGCUCCCUCCCGUGGAACCCAUCCGAGCCCUGCAAUGGAUACUCUCAAUCAUAUUUUAGCAGCCCCGUGUCUAUUAACCCUUCUUUCAACCGGUCGUGUGAAAUUACUCGACCGGAGGAGAGUAAAUGUUAUUAUAGCAAUGGCAGCGUGAGCAGCAGAGAGAGCUGUUCCGGUGGUGGCGGGAGCAGCCUAAAGCGAGAGGAUAAAGCGAGGGACACAUCAUCAUUCAUAACAUCUGAUCACGGGAUGCACUCUGGCAUGGGCAGCAAUAACAUUGGUGCAUUUUCUAAGUAUAAUUAUGGGACCGAGCAACUCGCUCAAGACCCGCCGUCCUGCCAAUCUCUGGAAUCCGAUUCCAGCUCCUCGCUUCUCAACGAGGGCAGCAAAACUUCCUCCAGCGACCCUCAGACCCUUCUGUCACCAGGAAACCACACCGCCCAUUCGGGCAACAUAGCUGCAUGCGGAGGUGCCCCGUGGUACCCGAUGCACACCCGGACCCGAAAGAAACGCAAGCCCUACUCCAAGCUCCAACUGGCAGAACUGGAGGGCGAGUUCAUACUGAAUGAGUUCAUCACCAGACAGCGGCGGAGGGAGCUGUCUAAUCGCCUCAACCUCAGCGAUCAACAGGUUAAAAUCUGGUUCCAGAACCGGCGUAUGAAGAAGAAGAGACUGAUGAUGAGGGAGCAAGCUAUGGGCUUCUUUUAGAUUUAGUAGAGACGUGGCACCAUAAGGAUAAUCGAUUGACAGGCAGUGUUUCUCCUGUCUGCAAUUGCUAUAAAUGCAUGCAUGUACUCACCUAGCCUACUCUCGCUCCAUCUCCAUCAGAAGGUGCAAAAUGUUCAGGAAAAUAUUUUAGGUGUAGGCCCUAAGGAAAACGACCAAGUGAUACUGCUGCGAUAACUUAGAAUAUCGGCCGAGUUAUGCAGGAUAGUACUACCAUAGUGUUGUGGUAAAACACCUAUAGCCUACAGACGUUAAUCAACUGUGAGAUUAUAUUCUUGCGUCCCAAAGGACGGAAUUAGUGCAUGAUGUCCAUGACUGAUGUCAUUUCCUAAACCCUUGAAAAUGAACCAUUUAUUUUGAUAAAUUAUUUGAAAACUAAAUUAACAAAAUGAAAAGCAAUAUAAUAAACACGAGGCCAGAGUUUGCGAUAACCCUAUCAGGCCAGAGUUUGCGAUAAACCUAUCAGGCCAGAGUUUGCGAUAAACCUAUCAGGCCAAUUCUUCACCAGUGUUCCUGAAUCCCAUUUACGUGCUUUCAUUGUCACUGGCAAUGUAGAUUGGUUAAGACGAACGACAGUGGUUGAGAUGAACACAAUGCCCUUAUCUGCUUCCUCUAGUUCCCUGCCAUGUGUUUCGGCACGUUCACGGUCACGAGCAAGGAGUCAGACUCCAAGCCGCAAAUCAGAGGAUCUUAAACCUCCAAGCCAACCUCUCUAUGGCUGCAGCGCUUUGAAAUAUUAUUUGCCAUGAAUUCGUUCAUGUGCUGACAACUUUCUCAAGAUAUUUGAUAUUGCCCCCCCUCCCCCAACAGCCUCUGAAUAACUUUGGGGGUUGGAUCAGAACAGAUGAGGUUGUUGUUUAAACACGGGUUCGUGCUGGCUGCUAUCGAAGAUCAUAGUUCUCGUAGACGUGCUGACAAUUAUUCUUCAAUUAUUUGUCCACCAUAGAGUUGUUGGAGAUCCUUAUUGCAAUAACAUGCAGAGAUAUAUGUCUUCUUCGUAAAUGCACAUCCCAUAGAUAGACUCUCAAUAAGCUUUUGUACUUGAUAUAGGCCCAGGAAUAACGGUUACCGCUGGAAAAGUGCACAUUUGAAAUGGGCAUCAUUGGAAGUAGAACUUGACUGAAAAAUAGGCUCAGUGGAAAGAAAUAUCGUAUUAUAAACAUAUAUGACAUACAAAAUCUGGUGUGUGAACCUUUAACAUCUGGGCAGCACGUAUUAUAGUGUUGAAUGUAUACGGAUUAAACCCCAGCAGUGAAAGACACAGUGAAGCAUGUUAGUGAUUAUGUGAAAAUAAACAAAUGGAUGAUACAUAAUGAUUGCUCGGUACCUUAUGACUUUUAAAGUAGAAACAACUGAAAGAUUGAAAGACAUAUCGUCGCAUUUUAAAAACCUUUAUGAUGUAUGCAUAUUAUAAUUAUAGUGAUUAUAAUGCAUUGGUCGGAGGUACUGACUAUCAUUUGUAGGCUACUGUAUUUGGUAUUCGUUAUGUACUAUAUGGUGUCUCUUUUUACCUUAUAACGUGUAGCAAAUUGUAAAAGUAUGGAAAUAAUAUGAUAUUUGGGGAUAUCCUAUCUCAAUAUAAUAGUGUUUUAUGUUAAUGUUCCAAUAUACAAUCUCGCAUUCCCAUUAUUUGCGGUUGUAAAUGGUUAUAUGAAAUGAAGACAUGGUUAUAAAAAAUUGUAUGAUAUGAUACUAUUUACAUGAUAUUUCAGGAUACCCUUUCUCAGUCUGAUAGUGUUACGUUAUUGUUCCUUCUUUUCUUGUACAAUAUUGCGUUCCCUUAUUUGCUCUUGUGAGGGUUGCUUAAUAAAACGUUGUGUUGUAUAAAAGUAAAAAUGACAUGAAUGUAUCUAUGUAUGAAUAAGGUUUCUAAUAAACAGAAUCUUUAAAAAAUAAAAAAGGUUAUA